UGUCAGCUCUCUUCCUUGAGAGAGAGAAACUCUUUCGAAACUCUUUCAUCUCUCUUUCUUCUCUCCCUUUCUUUCAGAAACACACCAAGCUCCACUUCUCCACCACCUUUCAAACACAGUCAAAAGAGAAAAGAAAGCUUUUCAUUUCUAUAAUUUGCCUUUAUUCUGAGUGAUGGGUGUGAGCAGCCGUUGUUCCCAUACUUCCCACAUCACUGAAAUCAUUAUCACCAGCUUCUUUCGCCACAAGCCAUAGAUCGUCUGGUUCUAAGACUCUUUUAACUUUUUCUCCAUCAUCAGAGAGCUAAAAAAGGAAAAAGAAAAAUCAAAGCUUGGUCCAUGGCAGUUUUCAGAGACUUUUAAGAGUAGAAAAUUACUGAUUUCGUACAUGAACAUGGGGGGUUCGAGGGUCUUGGGCGGUGUUACCGUUCUGCUUCAGAAUCAAAAGGGCCUUUCUUCUGCUUCUCAGCCUCUUGAUCCUCUUUUCCUUUCUGGGUCUUCGAAGAAUUCUUCUUCUUCUUCUUCUUCUUCUUCUUCUUUUCUUGGUUCAAGGUCCAUGAUGAGCUUUCAAAACGUCCAUGGAGGAAAUGGAUCAAAUACAUCUUUGUUCCAAUCCUUUGAUCAUGACGAAAAUGGGGACGACGAAUUUGAUGAGUAUUUCCACCAGCCUGGAAAAAAGAGGAGGCUGUCUGUUGAUCAAGUCCAGUUUCUUGAGAAAAGUUUCGAGCUCGAAAACAAGCUUGAACCGGAAAGGAAAAUCCAGCUCGCAAAAGACCUCGGUUUGCAGCCUAGGCAGGUUGCAAUAUGGUUUCAGAACCGCCGGGCAAGGUGGAAGACAAAACAAUUGGAGAAAGAUUAUGAGGCACUGCUAGCAAACUAUAACAGCCUUAAGGCUGACUAUGAGAGCCUCUUCAAGGAGAAUGAUAAAAUGAAAGUUGAGAUUCUUGCACUUAAAGACAAGUUGCUUCUUAGAGAGAAAGAAGGUGUAAACUUGGAACUAUCUGAAACCAACAAGUUAUUGGAACAAACACAGAAAAUGCCAAGUGAAGAAGAAUUGGCCUUGAAAGAUGAAGUUUCCAAAGUCUCUGCUAUGGUCUGUAAGCAGGAAGAUAUUAGUUCUGCCAAGAGUGACAUACUUGAUGCAGACAGCCCUUCACGUUACACUGAUGGAGCUCACUCCUCUGUACUCAUGGAGCCUGCUGACUCUUCUUAUGUUUUCGAACCUGAUCAAUCUGAUCUUUCGCAAGACGAAGAAGACAACUUGAACAAAAGCUUGUUUCCUUCUUACAUAUUUCCCAAGCUGGAAUACGAGGAUUACUCGGACCCGCCUGCAAGUUCAUGUAACUUUGGAUUCCCUGCUGUUGAAGAUAAUGCAUUCUGGUCCUGGUCUUACUAAGUUUUAUUUGGUACAUAUGUUUUUUUCUUUUUCUGGGUGGUUAUUGUCCUGUUUAAAUUGGUACUGCAUGGCCAUAACUUUUUAGAGCAAUAAAUUCAAUGACUGGCACCCCGAUCCAGAUCUGGUAGUGGGUUUUGGUUGCCCUGGAAAAAAAAUUAUGGUGGUUUUUGCCCAUUUUUGUAAUCUUGUUUUUGUUGGGGUUUUUAGUAUUUAAUGGAACUAUUUGGUUUUUGGAAUAUAACUAAA